AUGAAGCAGCAAAUUAGAGUCGGCAGCUGUUUGCCACAUACCUUCCUGCUUCGGUUAUCCUUAAAAUUGCAAGUAUUUUGCCCACCGUUACUCGCUGCAUUUGAAGAGGGUCUAACACCGUACAUGGUGAACUUGGCUGCCAAAGGCUGGCGCAUGGGAAUCUGUUCGGAAUUUCAAAGGACACAGCAUCAGCAGGGGAUGGCAUCAAUGGAGAACCCUGAUCAAACGAAAAGUGGUGAUGAAGAGAAGCAUGUCACUAGGAAACUGGGUGGUCUUAAGACCAUGCCUUUUGUUAUAUCAAAUGAGACGUUUGAGAAAGUUGCAAGCUUUGGUCUUUUACCAAAUAUGAUUUUGUACUUAACGAAUGAAUAUCACAUGUCCAUUGCCACAGGAGCUAACGUUCUCUUCAUCUGGUCUGCAAUUUCCAAUUUCAUGCCAAUCCUUGGGGCUUUUCUCUCCGAUUCUUUCCUUGGCCGCUUUCUUGUUAUUGCACUCGGGACAGUCACCAGCCUUAUUGGAAUGAGCUUAUUAUGGUUAACUGCAGUCUUUCCACAAGCAAGGCCUCCUCAUUGCGACAGUCCCAUGACAGAAAGUUGUGUGAAAGCGAACUCAGCGCAGUUGGCACAUCUGUUCGGGUCGUUUGUUCUCAUGUCGAUCGGAGCUGGUGGCAUUAGGCCGUGUUCCUUGGCCUUUGGUGCUGAUCAGCUCUAUGAUCCUAGCAACCCCAAGAACAAGAGGGUCAUGCAGAGCUUCUUCAACUGGUAUUACGCUUCGGUCGGACUUGCGAUUAUGAUUUCAAUAACUGUUAUUGUCUAUAUUCAAGAUAAAGCCGGGUGGGUUGUGGGCUUCGGAGUUCCUGUAGGGCUCAUGUUCAUCUCCACAGUCAUGUUCCUAUUGGGUUCACCACUUUACAUCAAGUUGAUGCCGAAUAAGAGUUUGUUUACAAGCUUUGCCCAAGUCACGGAAGCCGCUUGGAACAAUAGAGACUUGGUUUUGCCACCAAUGGAAUCUGGUGGAGCCAUAUGGUACUUUCACAAAGGCUCCAAGCUUAUUACACCCACAGAAAAAUUGAGGUUUCUUAACAAAGCAUGUAUGAUUAGAAGCCCCGAGGACAUAGACAUGGAUGGGAGGGCUUUAAAUCCAUGGAAUCUAUGUACCGUCAAACAAGUGGAAGAGUUGAAAGCAUUGAUCAAAGUGCUCCCCAUUUGGUCUAGUGGGAUCAUCAUCGCCGUAACCAUAAGCCAACAGUCAUUCCCGGUGCUCCAAGCUAAUUCCAUGGACAGGCACUUAAUUCCUGGAGGAUUAAAAAUCCCCGCGGGUUCCUUCGGUGUGUUUGCAAUGAUCACGUUGACGAUAUGGGUCGCUGCCUAUGAUCGAAUUGUAGUUCCCUUGCUAUCCAAGUUCACUAAACGGUCACAAGGACUCAGCCUAAAAGAACGAAUGGGGUUCGGCUUAAUAAUAUCCUGCGUGGCAACAGCGGUGGCAGGGUUGGUGGAGAGCAAGCGGCGAGCUGCGGCAAUAAGACAAGGAUUGGCUGAUAAUCCCUAUGGGGUGGUGCACAUGAGUGCCAUGUGGUUGGUGCCACAGCACUGCCUGAUUGGGUUAGCCGAGGGACUCAACGCAAUUGGGCAGAUAGAGUUCUACUACUCGCAGUUCCCUAAGAGCAUGGCCAGCAUUGGAGUGGCUCUUUUUACCCUUGGCAUGGCAGUGGGGAACUUGAUUGGGAGUCUUAUUGUUAGUAUAUUGAAUAAGGUGACCAAAACACAUGGAAGAGUGAGCUGGGUGUCAAAUAGCCUUAAUAAGGGUCAUUAUGACUAUUAUUAUUGGCUUCUUACAGCUCUUAGUGUGAUUAAUGUCUUCUAUUACUUGCUAUGUAUUUGGGCUUUUGGAUCAACUGAGAACGGGAACAAAGUGGAAUGGGAUGAAGGGGAUGGCAUGGAGGACGAAUUAGAAGCAGAUGACCAUGCCAAGGGAAAGGGAUCCCCCAUUGUUUUUCCCCAUUGAA